CGGGAAAGUACGUAAUGGGCUGACUUGAUUGCUAAAGAGUAAAUAUUGUUGGUUUUGUUUCUGCUGGCUAGGUAUGCUUAAAACCCACGUACCAGGCAGCAAGCAAUAUAGACAUGAAUCUUGUAGGAUUCUUUGGGUUCUAGGGUGUUGCCUCGGCUUUCCUUUUUCUCGGCGAUCUGAUCACUGACAUUCAAAGGCAACUUUACUUGGAACUCAGGCCCAGUCGAAUGACAAAGCGAUUCCCGCCAUGUCGGUUCAGUUUCCCCACGGGGAUGGAGCAGAUCGGCUGCGCAAGCCGGGGGUUCAUCGGGCCAUUGCCACGUAAAAACAUGUCAACCCCUCAGUUCCAUUGUGGAAUUCCUUGCAGCAUGACGGUUCCGAACCGGAGAAAAACCUUCACAAUAGGGCCGAAUAGAUGCACAAACCAUGGUGCCGACGGAGGUGGAGCAGCGUAUUCAUUGUUGCUCCUCGGGUUCUCGGCAGGGCUGGGGAGAAUUCCAGCGUAUUGGGAUAGUAUAAGUCACCGGCUGAGCCCAGGGGAGUUGACCAGUCUUGAACCGUUGGACUUUCUCUGUAGCCCUACGCCCCUCGUCGACCUCGACUCUCCAGCUCUGUGACAAGAAACUGGCACCGCGAGACUGUUAAUUCAGAAUGGCUGCAAAAUUCGUUGCUUGCCUGGCUGGCAUUGCCGCCGUGGCCUCGGGGCAGGAACUCAUCACAGACGACACGUUCUUUUAUGGACAGUCGCCGCCCGUCUACCCUUCUCCCAAUGCCACAGGCACCGGGGACUGGGCCGAGGCCAUCGGUAAGGCCAAGGCCUUGGUCGGCCAGAUGACUCUCGAGGAGAAGGUCCUUCUGACUGGCGGCGUCACCUCCACCACUGGCUGUGCUGGUUGGAUAUCCAACAUCACCCGACUUGGAUUCCCGGGCAUGUGUCUCCAGGAUGCAGGAAACGGCUUGAGGUCUACCGACUUUGUUACCUCCUGGUCUUCAGGCAUCUCUGUGGGCGCUACCUGGAACCGAGAGCUUGCUCUUCAGAGGGCAGAGGGCAUGGGCUCCGAGUACCGCGCAAAGGGUGUCAAUGUCCUCCUGGGCCCGGUCGUUGGACCCCUCGGGCGUAUUGCAAACAGUGGUCGCAACUGGGAAGGCUUUUCCAACGACCCUUACCUCUGCGGUCAGCUUGCUGCUGAGACCGUCAAGGGUGUGCAGUCUCAAGGAGUGGCUGCAAGCACAAAGCACUUCAUUGCCAAUGAGCAAGAGGACUACCGCAACCCCUCUACCGCGAGAAUUGCCGUCGGCAACGAGGGGCAAGAUCAGAUCAGUUCUGUAAACAUUUCCGCUUUGUCAAGCAACAUUGACGACAAGACCAUGCAUGAGCUUUACCUUUGGCCCUUUGUUGAUACCGUCAAGGCCGGCACUGGAAACAUCAUGUGCUCCUACCAGCGCAUCAACAACUCGUACGGUUGCCAGAACAGCGCUGCCCAGAACGGACUGCUCAAGACCGAGCUCGGCUUCCAGGGCUUCGUUGUCUCGGACUGGUAUGCUCAGCACGCUGGUGUCGGAACUGCACUCGCAGGCAUGGAUAUGGUGAUGCCCAGCGGUAUUCCCAUGUGGGACAAGCACCUGGUAGAGGCCGUCAACAACGGUUCAGUCCCCAUGGUGAGGGUUGACGAUAUGGCCACCAGGAUCCUGAGCAACUGGUACAAGUUCAACCAAGACAAGGAUUUUGUGCCUGGUGUUGGCAUGUUUGGUGACAUGACCAAGGCUCACAAGAAGGUGAUUGGGCGGAACCCAGCAUUCAGGGAGGCCGUCUACCAAUCGGCUGUCCAGAGUCACGUCCUCGUCAAGAACACCAAGAACAGCCUCCCUCUCAAGAAGCCCGAGCUCAUUUCCCUGUUUGGCUACGCCGCCAAGGCGCCCGAUCAACAGAACAUCGGCACUCCGGGCUUCAACCUUGGUUCCCAGUCAGUCAACUGCGCGGACCGUUUCUUCGGUUGCAACGGCACCAAGUCCCAGAUUGGACCCCUGGGAAUGCUCUACAGCGGCGGUGGGUCCGGAGGAAACAUGCCCGCGUACGGCGGCUCGCCCUUCGAGGCACUGAGCUCUCGCGCACGCAAGGAUGGCACUCACUUGCUCUGGGAUUUUGCAAGCUUCAACCCCCAGAUCAACUCAAACUCCGACGCCUGCAUCGUUAUUGGAAACGCAUGGGCGACUGAAGGCUGGGAUCGCCCCGGCCUCCGUGACGACUACACCGAUGGCCUGAUCCUCAACGUGGCCGCCAACUGCACAAACACCAUUGUGGUGUUCCAAAACGCCGGCGUUCGCCUGGUCGACCAGUUCGCCGACCACCCCAACGUCACGGCCAUCAUCUUUGCCCACCUUCCCGGCGAGGAUGCAGGAUACGCGCUGACGGACCUGCUGUACGGCGAGGAGAACUUUAGCGGCAAGAUGCCCUACUCGGUUCCCCACAACGAGACCGACUACCACGGCCUGCAGAACCAGUCCAUCGCCGACGGCAUCUACGCCCGCUUCCCUCAGAGCGACUUCACCGAAGGCGUCUUCAUCGACUACCGCGCCUUUGACAAGGACGGCAUCGAGCCUCGGUACGAGUUCGGCUUCGGUCUCAGCUACACCAACUUCACCUACUCGGACAUGCAGGCCACCUGGACCGGCCCGGAGCUGUCGGCCGCCGAGUACCCCAGCGGUCCGAUCCAGGAGGGUGGCCACGUGGACCUGUUCGACGUGGUGGCCCGCGUCACGGCAAAGGUGGCCAACACGGGCGACGUGGCCGGCGCCGAGGCCGCGCAGCUCUAUGUCGGCAUCCCCGAGAAAGGGGCACCCGUCAGGCAGCUGCGCGGGUUCGCCAAGCCGUCGCUCCAGGCCAGCGAGGAGGCCACGGUCGAGUUCGAGCUGACCAGGAGGGACCUGAGCGGCUGGGACGUCACCGCCCAGGCAUGGAAGCUGCACUCGGGCGAGUACAAGCUUUGGGUCGGCGCGAGCAGCAGGAACUUGCCGCUCCAGUCUAGCCUGCAACUCACUAGGUAGAAAUCUUUUUUUUUAUUUCGUUUUCGGGAAAUAGGCGAUAUGAAGCAAGGGCAGGGUAAUGCCUGCUGACAGUUUGGUCAAGGCUUUGAGGUUUUGGAGGUUUCUUUUUUGUGGAUUAGCGUGCAAAAAGCGGGCGCGAUUCCCAAGAAAUGAAAAAAAAAAAAGGAUAAAUAUUAAACAUGUAAUGUUAAGCAGUAACCAAUAAUCUCUUCC